GGAAACAAAAACUUCCAAUUUUUUUUCUUCUUUUCAAGUUUCGCAAACACUGGAAUUUCGACUAUUUCGGUUUCCGAACCCGUCCAAAGGUUGUUGUUGCGUGACGUAUUAACACGUGAUCAGGGGAAUUGUUUUGGGACGGUACGUCUGGCAGAGUAACCAGACUGAGCUUCGCGAAUUUCAGGAAUCUCCGGAGUGGUGUAUUCUAUCAAAGAUGAUCCAGUCACUUGUCAUGCAUGAAGGAUCCACCAAGAACAAAGAUCCUAACUCAGCGCAACUUUACGGUCAAUGAACGUCGGCUGUAAUGUAUUUGGUCAAUUCAUACCACCAUGUUCUCAAAAACAUUGACUCAAGCUGGGGAGACUCAACAAUUUCAAGCAACUCACGAAGUGGUAAGAGAACACGACGGAGAAAAAUCGAUUCCUCGCAUUCAUUCUCACAGAGUUCACGCAGAAGUAGUCAGACAUAUGCUAGCAGUUCAGAGAGUGGCCUGUACAGUGAAGAACUGGUCAAUUCUGGUUACUAUGGAGAUGAUGAAGUAGACCGCUGCUCUUGUACUAAAUGCGUUAGUGAGGCACUAGCGGUAAAACCCAAGACUGAUAUAGUGGCUGACUAUGACAUUAUUAGUGUAGACUUAAGCGAGUCUACAACUCCCGAGUUACAACUAAGCUGUGUUUCACCCAUAAAGCAAAGUAAUUUUGAUGAUUAUGUGAUCAUUCCUUCGUCUAAAGAGGAGUUUUUUGCUGACGCUUUAGCGCACAGCACUCCUAUCUCGGAGUGCAAAUUGCUAGAAGAGGAUGAAAGCGAUAGCUUUUUAACAAGGACUGCUGCUUUGCAGAGAGUUGCCGGUAAAAAUGAUAGCACAAGUUGUGGGUGGAGAGAGAACAUUGUCUGGCAGUUACAACAGCGAAAUGAUACUCAAACGAAACGGUUUUCACAACUUCAAACCGACAAUCAGAGUUGUCGCGCUAAAGUCAGAAUCAACAGAGAACUAGCUGACUAUUUGAAUAAGUACCCAGACUUGCGACCACAGGCCGAAACAACAUGUAACGUCAUGGUCAAUAUGGAAGUGGACCCUAUUGAGAGAUCAGAACUUUUUCUAGCGAUAAGAAACCAACGGACACCUAGCGAUGAAACUGGGGAAUAUCCUCGUCCGAGAUCGGACAGCAUCGCGCAUUUGGCAGCCACUUACUUAAAAAGGCAGAGAACUUUAACCGAAAGAAAGCUGACUGAAAGCGAAGGCUCUUACUCACCCGCAUGUGCAAGGUCCCGGAUAAGCAAUCGCGCGGGAAGACGCGAAAGAGUCCCGGGUAAAAAAUGGCGGGAAAGUAUAGUGAAUCAGCUCGAGAUGAGGAACUUUCUAGAAUUUAAGUAUUUCACAGACACCCUCGCGCGCAGAACCAUAUCUCAGUUGAGUAUAUCAGAAAAUUUCCCCCAUCCAAUGAAAGGUGUGGACGAGUAUGACAUCAUCACAGACGACGAAGUGAGUAGCUUGGACUCUAGGAGUACUCUUAUGAACUCGGCCCAUUCCACCUCACAUUCACAGGGCUACUACAGUUCUACAUUCAGCAGUCGGUUUUUUAACCUUAAACGCGGCAAGCGUAGAUAAGUCCUGUAGCCUAAACUGGCAACCGGCAUUUGAAGUGAAUUAGAUGAACGGACCCCCGAUUAUUGAGUAGCACCUCAAAAUGAAAAUUUACAUAUCGAAGAGAAUCGUAAUGUAUUGUAAACUGAAAGAAGAAAUGGUGUAUAUUGAAAACUAAAUCAUGGAAUUUAAUUUUAAUUGGACCAAACGCUCCCUAAGUCGGUAAAUCAACCGCUGAGCCCGUUUUCAAUUUGGUCAGUGACGCUGCCAGGCAACGUUACGCG